AUGUUGCCCGCCAAGGUUGAUCCAAGUUCGAUGCCUAUUCUUUCACCAUUCUCGCUGUAUUACAACCUUCAAAUCACAAAUCUUGUUGGUGUUAACCAUCUCGUCACUCAUAUGGUUUUCGAGAUCCCACCAAAAAUGCUCAAUGAGGUUGAGAUCUGGGCUCUGAGCUGGUAUGUAGUCCAAUCCCUACGCGAAAUGGCUAUCUUUCCGCCAUCUCGAAUAAGAGCUGAAAAUCAAAAGUCCCUAAAACCACCGGUCCAGGAAUAG